CCUUGUUCACGUCUUCGAAAUUUCUGUCAUAUUGACGAUGCAAGUUUCAUAUCACUAUUGUUUCCAAUUAUUCGUCUGUGAAAACACUUUUUUGAAUAUCAAUCGUUCAACGAACGAAAAUGGACUGGAGCGUUACAGCGUUAAACACCAACGAUCUCCUACCCAAGAAAAGACUGGAAAAUCUAUACGACAAGGCCAAAUUCACACACGUAGUGGACGGCGUUGAUGUCCACAGGUACUCGGACAUCGCUACCCAGCUACUGAACUCCGCGAACAGAUUGAAGAGGGAGAAAAAUUGGGAGGAUUCCCUCCUCAAUUUCCUCCGGUACCAGAUUCUGGUGAAGAAACUGAAAUCCCACGUUAGAUAUUCCGAUCUCCACCUGGGCAGAAGGGCUGCGUUCGACUACAGACUCAAGGAAGUGGCGAAAAACAUAAGGGCGUUGACCGAGAAGGUUUCAUCAGGGUACAAGAAGGUCUACGAACUGACCGACUUCAACAUGGACAGUUUUCUCGGAGAAGGGUACCAAGAGCGAAGACCAACCGUCUCGACGGUCAGAACAUUCGUCAGCACCCCGCGGGCGUCAGGCGUUUCCGUGCAACAUCAGCCCCACAAGCGAUCCAUUUCUCCGUCCAGAGACAGGAGCAAAUCCUUCUCCAAACAGAGGAUAUCUGCCGCCGUCUGCAUCCCCAUCAUCAAGAGUUCCUCCUCUCUCAACUCCGAUCUCGGCUACGGACUCAGAAGGUCCAUAUUUCCGAUGAGGCAGGUGAGGGAAUUCGACGAGAUCCACAAGCAGCGUAGAACCGUGAGAGGUCACAGGACGGUGGUGAUACCGAGCAGGAUAACGACAGCCUUCUCCUACCUGUCGUUGCAGAACAACAAGAAGAACGUAGAAACGGUCGGUUACCUGGCUGGCAGAGAGUCCGAACCCAACGUGCUGGUCAUCACGCAUCUGCUGCUGCCCAAGCAGCAGGGCUAUUCGGAUUACUUCAAAGUGAUCGAUUCCUCAUCGCUCGUCAGGUACCUGGACGCGGAGGAUCUCAUGACGAUCGGAUGGAUUCACUCGCAUCCCAUGGAAACGCCCUAUCUGUCCAGCAGCGAUAUGCAUUACCACGGGGUGUUCCAGAACGUGCUUCCUGAAGCUAUAGCCAUAGUGUAUAGCCCGAAGGAGAUGAGGAGCCAGGUCUUCAACCUGACUCCCGAUCACGGCCUGACCACCAUCAUGGCGUGCGGUAAGAAGGGUUUCCAUACGCAUCCCAGCAAACCUCCGAUCACGAUGGUUUCUCACCAUACCGUCAACGAUCUGUUCGGCGAUUUGACGGUGAAGGAUUUCAGGUCGGAGAAGAGCAGCGUGACGUUUUUGCCGGAAAGCGGGAAGAUUCGUAGGAGAUCUGAGGGAAGCGGGCAUCUUGCGAUGGAAAGGUUGUUGCAGGUGAAGACCAGCACUGGGGCUUUGUCGCCCGUGAGGAUACGUCGUAGCGAAGUGAAUUUUGUACAUUUAGAUGCUCGAAUAGAAGGUUUUAAGAUAUAA